AUGCACCCCCCUAAAUACCGCAACGUCACCGAAACAACAGAUUUUGCGGUGUCAGAUCGUUGUGACUAUGUGUUUGUUAAUGGGAAGGAGACGAGGGGGAGGAUGAGGAUGGUGCUCAACUUCACCUACAGCUACCUGAGUGCCCAACUGGAGAUGAGUGUGUGGAUGCCCCGCCUCCCCCUGCUUAUCGACAUAGCCAACCCCGAACUCAGCCAGAUCAAGGGCUGGAGAGUCCCUGUGGCCACCGACAACAAGAGGUAUGAGAGGGUGAGUGAGGAUGAUGGUGAUGAAGUGGACAGUGAGAGGACAGAGAGUGGCUGUGUCCCUCAGUACCAGAGCACCACGGUGCGGGUCCUCACACACUUUAUGGCCCUAGGAGCUGAUGGGCUGGGCCAACAGGACUUCCUGCUGGGCAGUGAUUGGCAGGUGGACGUGACUGACCUGGUCCAGGAUUCGCUGAGGGUGGAGGACCAACGUGUUGCCCGCCUACUGAAGGGACAGGUCCUGAUGGGCCUCAGCACCGGCACAGCCAAACUACAGGUGAUGUCCCCUCUGUCUGACUCGAUCCUGGCUGAGCGGAUGGUCAGGGUUCUGGAAGACAAAGUGAGUGUGACAGAGCUGGGAGUGCAGCUGGUCUCUGGCCUCUCUCUGUCCCUCCAGCUCAGCCCAGGGAGCAACAGAGCCAUCGUCGCCACGGCUACAACACAGGAAGUCAUGCAGAAACUUAAACAGGAAUCUCUUAUCAGUGCCUGGCUUCAGUUCAGUGAUGGCUCCAUGACAUCUCUGGACCACUAUGACCCCGCCCACUUUGUGCUCACAGCCACCUCAUUGGAUGAGCAGGUGGUGUCAGUACAGCGCAGCACCGAGUGGAAGUGGCCGGUUAUCGUGGCAAAGGGUGAAGGUCAAGGGUUACUGGUGCGCGUAGAGAUGACAUCUUCAGAGUUCUGCCGGAAGACGAAGCGACGCAUCAUCCUGGCUGCCGGGGUAGGAAACAUCAGUGUUAGGUUUGGCAGCUCUGAGGAGCUGUACAGCCGCCCCGGAGGCAGAACCCGACCAGACGCACCCUACUACGGAGGCUCCAUCUCUGACAUUGAGGCUGGAAUCAUGAAUCGGGACGCUACCACGGUUAAGGCCCCCAUCCCGGUGAGGCCCAACGGGGACAGGCUAUUGGCCGACGGAGGAGUCCCUGGAGAGUUCUCUGAGUUCCCUGCCCAGGCGGAGCUGCCCCGGGGCCGCAGCACAGAGGAGGACCUGUUGUCAUCCCGCCGUGGCCUCACAGACCUGGAGAUCGGUAUGUAUGCCCUGCUGGGGGUCUUCUGCCUGGCCAUCCUAGUCUUCCUCAUCAACUGCAUCUCCUACGCCCUCAAGUACCGCAGCAAGGAGCUGCCCCUGGAGGCCCCUGAGGCAAUGCCUCAUGCCCACGACUGGGUGUGGCUUGGCCAGGAUGAGGGCCUGUGCCUGCAGCAGCAGCAGGACGAGCUGGGCUCAACCCUGGAGGAGGGCAGCCAGCUGCUGAAUGGAGGGGCCCUGAAGAGCAGUGCCCAGGGAAGCUGUCCGGGAGGUAGGAACGAGUCACUCAACUCACCCACCACCAAGAGGAAGAGGGUCAAAUUCACCACCUUCUCCAACGUCAAGCCCAAUAAUGGAUGCCCAGUUCUGAGCCCACUCGGACUGACCAACGACAUUAAGUGGGUGUGUCCAGACAUCGAGCUCGGGGACUCGCAAGAGCUCCGGAAUUACAUGGAGAGGUUGAACGAGAACGCUACAAAGAACGUUGUAUAGAGACGCUUGUAUUUUUAGUGGAUGAAUGAGUAACUCUAACACACCCGAAUGCCUUCAGAGUAAGGAGGGAGUGAGGGAUGCGUUUUAUUGAAAUUGGUUGGUACUGUACCUCGCUAUGACAACAAGAUGGCGCGUUCCAGCCAUUGUUGUUUCCAUUGUUACUAUCGGAAUGGUCAAGGAUCAGAAAUGAGGGGAAACUCAAAUUGCCAUUACACCACAUUGGAUGUGGGAAUUUUUUAAAACUUGAAUGACACUUUAAUUAGUAGAUAUAUCUUCUCCCUGUCUUUAAUUUUAGAUAAGCUUAUUUAAUUUUGUUUUCACGCACAGCUCUCUUUGUUGACUUUUUACAUCAUAAUUUCCUUAUUCUGCUGUGUAUUAUGUUGUUAAGCAAUUACAGUCUAUGAGAGAAGUGUUCAAAGCUAUUAAAAUUGUAAAUAAGUUGAGCAUAGACUGGUUUGGAGUAUGAGAGACAAUAUUUUGUAACAUCUUUCUUUAGUCUGUCCUCCUUUUUGCAUUUAAUUUUGUUCUCCAGAGAUCAACAUGCAUGUUACUAAAGACAAAGCCUGUCUUAGUUCCUGUUGAUCUGUCAGAAAUAAAUGUGUACAUACUGUAGAGUCCUCC